AUGUGGGAACCACUCCCCCUCAUUGUGUAUGGGUACGCGAAGUACCCGCUGUCCCCUUCGCGCCGAGACACGCGCGUUUCGAGUCGCAGCCGCCUCUCGACGGUGACGGAGACGAGUAGCACGGACGAGCGGACGAACUCGGACGUCGUAUCGCUGGAGGUGGGGGAUGAGGUGUAUGCAUUCGAGAAGUACACCCCGAGAGGGAAGGAGGUGGACGGCGUUUGGUACCGCGGAUAUGUGGUAUGCACGACGCGCCGCCCGCCGGUGACUUGGUCCCUCUCGCCCGAUGGCGCGUCGACGAGCAAAGUCCCGCUCAGGAAUGAGGAGACCCAGCAGGUCUUCAUUGGCAUAUUUCCCGACUCGCACAUAUACAUCCGCGACCACCUCUCCGACGCAGAGGGGCGCCUGACGGAGCUGGCGGCGAGUAUGAAUGGCCAAGGCGCGCCCAGUAUCACUGGCCGGGGCAGUGGUCUGGGACAUGCGCCCUCCCGGAGCAUCAGCAGCAGCGUUGGCAGCCCCGCCGAAUCCUUCAUGACUUGGGCUAAGGACAAGUCGAGCCUGGCCUCCUUGCGAGAGCUCCCUGAAGACGGCACGCUGGAUAUGGCGCGCCCGUUGCGAUACAACCCCGCCAGCAGCCUACGCUCCGCGUCUCCGACAGAAUCGCAGAUGAAGCCACUUCCCCCGAGACCUUCCUUGCGGACCGGCGACGACACGGUCAGCGGUGCUUUCCAGCCCAUCGUCGACGAGAUUGCCUCAGCGAUGCGCGAAUGGCACACCCUUAUGUUCCACCACCUUGCGCGGCGCGACUACCGCCUCUUCCACAUCGUCCGCGGACAUAUUGACGCACUACAUCUGGGGCGAAGACAGCUGCUCGCGCAGACCCUCUCGGCAGAAGAAACCAUCAACAUGCGCCAAGAGUGCGUCUUGCGGCUCGUAGCGGGCAACAGAGUGCAGGACCUGGACAUAAUCGUGCGCCACCCGACUUGGGGAGGGCUAGUCACGACAGACGUCGAGGGCGAGAUCGAGCCGCGAAGCUGGAUCAGCGCGGUCCGCAUGUACGCUAUGCAGCAGUCGCUGGCGUACCUGGACGUCUCGUGCGACGACUGCGUCUCAGGCUCUGUCGUCGAGCACGCAACGGGCACGCAGCCCAGCCCCGCGCAUUCCGCCUUCCCCGAGGCCCACCAACGCUCCUUCCCCGCUACGCACCGGCACUCCGUCGGUCUCAACACGCUCGCUACCCAGACGCCCGCUCGGCACUCCUCACUCUCUCUAAAUCGGUCGUCUGCGCCCUCGGCGUCCAAAUUCUACCAUGUCAUGGUUGACGUGCGCUCGUUCUCCGCGGCGAUCUGUGGCCCAGGGGAUACGGCGGAGCUGUUUUUCUCGCUGUACCAUAGGAACUCGGAGCAGUUCCUAACGGAGGACUUCUGUGUGGUGCUGGAUCACACCGGUCAACCUGUGCAUCCGAGCCAGGAUGGGACGUCGAAGCGCAUACGCACGCUCUUUCUCGACUUGGCGGCGUCGGAUAUGCAAGACUCGCUCUACCUUGUGUGCAGGAUCGUACGGAAUGGUCCCAUGAAGCUCGCGCUGCACCAUACCAACGGUAGCCACAAGCGCGACGGCACUCACGACGACCGCGCUGCAUCUGCGCUAGGCAUGACUGGCAACAACGCCUCUUCUGUUGGCUGGGCGGACACAUCUGGCGCCAGCAACGGUGUCGACGCAUCGCAGCAGUUCAGGAGACCCUUUGGCUGCGCGGUGCUGGAGCUCACGCCUCUGACUUCCAUGAUGGCGAUGGUGGACGCCUCGCCGUUGCGCGAGUUCUCGAUGCCAGUGUUUGUGCCGACGAACGAGAGCAUGUUCUCGAUACUACAUCAAUGCAUAUUGGAGAAUGCGACGAAGGAGAUCGAGAAGUCGCCGAGAGCGGACUCGGUCAAUGUGUCUGUCAAGAUCUUCAAGGGCGACAGGACUGCGGUCGUUCGCGAGAACACUUCACUCUUGCUCGACAUUCCGCAGACACAACGACUAGGCUUCCCCGAUGUCGUCUUCCCCGGCGAGACAAGAAACGAGCUCUACGUCAAGUUGUGGUCCGGGCAGUUCACGACCUCGACGCACUCCUUCGUGUCCAACGGCACCCAUUCCUCCGGCAAGUCGCGGAACAGCACCAACCGGCUCAGCACCUUUGCGGGGCUGACGCUCAACCGGGGCAGCACCAUCGGCAGCAUCACGGCGUCGCCACCGAACAUCCAGGUCACCAUUGAAGUCCGCGAUUCUUCUGGCCGUGCAGUCGAAGGCGCACUAUCUCGGGGCGCAGGAGAGCCGCCGAUGACGCGAUUCGAGUCCACGAUCUAUGCGCGGUGCAACGAGCCCACCUUCGGCGAGCUUCUCAAGGUCCAGCUGGACCAGGAUAUGGCGAAGUUGUUCCACUCUGAUGCGCGGCCGAAUUGGCACCUCUUCUUCACGAUACGGAAUCGGGGUGGACGGGCGAGCAAGAGCGACAAGAACGGCCGGCCGACGACUGCGACGGGGGACCCGGAGGAGCGUCCGUUUGCUUUUGCCUUCCAGCCGCUGUUCCCUGAUGGGCGAAGCUUCCUGGGCGACGGCAGCCAUAACCUGACCCUGUACAAGUGGGAAAAGCUUGGUGCGGAUGUAUACCUGUCGACCAAAGGCAGGAACGCGGACGGCGACCUGCAGCCUGUUCGACAUCCGCAUGCUGACCUGACGCCCCUCCGGGACACGCUCACGAUUAGGACGUCGCUCUGCUCUACGGCGUUGACACAGGACUCGGUGUUGCUCAGCCUGCUGAACUGGGAGCAAAUUUCGGACCGCACGCUGCUGUCUACGAUUUUGAAGAAGUUCACGUUCGUCGGGGAGGCGGAGAUCGUCAAGUUCCUCCAGCCUAUCUUCGACGCGCUCUUCGGCAUCAUGGUGUCCAGUGGCAACUCGGAGGGCGAAGUGGACGAUCUCGUCUUCAACGCACUCGUCACCGUGCUCGGGAUCGUGCAGGACCGCCGUUUCACGAACUUCCGUCCAGUGCUCGACAUAUACAUCGCAAAGCACUUCGACUUCCAUAUGGCGGCUAUGCAUAUUGUUCGUGCGAUGGGUCGCUUGCUGUCGAAUCCGGCGUCCAGCGAAACUGCCUCUGCGCUGCGCAAUGCGCUGAAGGUGUGGUAUCACAUCUUCCGCUUCAUCACCCGCGCUCGCGAGCUGCAGAAGGCUAGGGAAGGGCAUUUAGGUGGCACGACUGCGGACGUGCUUGAGCAGCAAUUCCGGCGCGAACUUCGGGGCCAUCUCAACGAGGUCAACGAGCUCAUGUCCUCCUCCAGUCCUGAGGUCCUUGGCACGCAGAUGAUCGCUCUUCAACACUUCCCUUCCAUUCUUCCCGAGCUCGCGAAGAUUUACCCCACUGUCGAGCUCGUGUCCAUCGUCACCAACUUCGCGAAUACGAUAACUGCAGGGCGCGGGACCAUCGUCCUUCGCAAGCUCAUUAUGUACCAGCAAAUUAUCGGCGGCUUCCUUUUCGACAAUCCACAGGCCCGCGCGCUGCUGGUGGAGGCGAUGGUGGCGUGGAUUCGGCCUCACUUUGGCAAGUUCGACGACUUCACGCAGACGAUGAGUGGCGACUCGGAAUCAGCGAAGGAUGCGGCACGAGUGAGCUGGCUGGAGGGCACGCGACUUUGCGUGACCAUUAUCGCCGUCAUGCUCGACAGGCUGCAGACGAGUUUGGUGGACCCGGCGGUGACCGCGGAUCGACGUAGGUUGAAGCAGGAGCAGGAGAACGUGGAGAAUCUCUUGCCUCUCCUCCCUCGAUUGCUUGAGUCCUACCGCGAGCUAAACUCGCAGGCUUCCCGACGGGCCAUGGAACGUGCCCGCAUCAACUCCAAUCAGAAGCUCACCCCAGCUGUCGCGUUUCCUUCCUCGUAUCCCUUCUCACUCCUUGCCACCCUCCCGGAAUCGCCCCGUCCAAGCAAGUCAUCCAUGCCUCACGAAGCGGUCUUCGUCCCUGGGCUUGGCGAAAUUGCGAUCGUGAUCCUGUCCCUCAUCCUUUCGACGCCGAAAAAGAUGAUGCUCGCAUUCCUCGACGACAGCCUCGGCAUAGAGGGACCUGAGCGCUUCGUGUCUCUUCUCACCCAGUUCUUCGCUGUCGCGACGUCCGUUUUGGACUACGAGGCCUUCCCUCCCGCGUGGCUCAACGCGAAUGUUCUUGCACACAAAGUCCUCAUACGAAUGCUCGAGCCGAUUACCAGCAUCAUGGAGAGCAACUUCAUACCGCCACAAGAGGAGCAAGCUUCCUUCCGGGCUGACCUUUGGCGGCAAUGCUUUGGCGUGCUGCUGAAGCUGCUUUCUUCGGACCAGCUCGUCAUCGAAGAGUUCAGUCCACAGAAACGACGCGCAGUCUGGCGUUUAGCAGGCGACGUGCGCGGACAAGGAGCGGACCUCUUGUUGAAUUUGUGGCAAUCUCUCGGCUGGGCUGAGAACUCGGUGGGGGGUAUGGCAACGCCAGUCAAAUAUGGGGGGUACCAGGUGCAUUUGAACUCGCUGGUGGGGCAGAUCGUCAAUCUCUGCUUGAGUCAUCAUGAUUCUGUCCGCAACAAUGCCGCGCAGAUGCUUUACAGCAUGAUAGUCGCCGAAUACCAUCGAAGCGACAACUUUGAUUCUAUCGAGAACGAGAUCGUUACGCGGCUGGAUCUACUAUUCAUGUCGGACAGCAAGGGAGACGACAUCUCGAGAGCGUUCUUCAUUGGGCAACUGCGGAACCUUUUCGACAGCUCCGACGUCGACGAGGGCUUGCGCGAACGUGUCUCCGCUUUCCUUGACUCCGUCGAUCUGUUCUUGGAACUGCUGCUAAGCGUCCGGGCGUUGCCUGAAGGCGAUGAGUUCGCUGAUGACAGGGUCAUCGCCACGCUGCGGCUUAUGAACUUCAUUCGCCGAAUAGGCCGUGAUGAGAUAUAUAUCAAAUAUGUCCACCAGCUAGUCAACAUGCAUUUGCAAGCGCAGAACUUCGUUGAGGCAGCUCUGACGCUGAAGCUACAUGCGGACCUACACGAAUGGGAUCUAAACACGUUCGUGCCCCCGAUGGAAGACCUUGGCUUACCGCAGCAAUCGCAAUUCCAUCGCAAGGAAACGCUGUGCCUGCUAAUUCUCGACUACCUUGGCAAGGGGAAGGCCUGGGAGAGGGCUAUCGAGAUCUGCAAGGAACUCAUCUACCAGCACGCCGAAGUCACCUUCAAUUACGUACGCCUUUCCGAAAUUCUGCGGCAUCAGGCCAACCUAUACGAGCACAUUGUCACGAACCAGCGAUACUAUGCGGAUUACUAUCGGGUUUCAUUCUUCGGGGACUUCCCCUCCGCGAUUCGGAACAAGAGCUUCAUCUAUCGCGGCUACGAAUGGGAAAAGUAUGCGGCAUUCUGCGAACGAAUGGCAAACAAACACCCCGGUGCUCGUGUGCUGAAGACAAUGGGGGACCCUCCAGUCGAUAUUCGGUUCGGCAAUGAUCUCUAUAUUCAAGUAUCCGCCGUCACUCCCGAGCCCGAUCGCACGUCGCCGCUGUUCACAAAUCCGGAGGUCCCGGCUGCCGUACGCGCGUACUACGAGCACUGCGACAUCAACCUCUUCAGCAGCUCGCGGCAAGUGCGGCGGACGGCGCAGGACGGGAGCGAGGAGACGUGGCUGGAGAAGGCGUACUUCACGACGGAGGAAACUUUCCCGACCGUCUUGCGGCGCUCGGAGAUCAUCGCCAUCGAGGUUGCGGAGAUAUCACCCGUCGAGGCUGCCUUAACGGAAGUCGAGGAGAAGACGAAGGAGCUCACAGCGCUUUACCAGAAAUACGGUGCAUUGGCGAAGACGAACCAGGAGACGUCGACGAACGUGCUGUCGAUGGCUCUCAACAACGUGGUGGACGCACCAGCGACCUCCGGAAUCCAGGCCUACAAGGAGAUGUUCCUCAACGCGGACUAUCGACAUCGUAAUCCUGACAGGGCAGAAUCACUGGCGAAGCUGCAAGUUGCCGUCGACGAUCAGCUGCGCAUGAUUGACGCCUGCCUCAAGCUUCACGGCCAAUUGUGUCCACCCGAGUUCAUCUCCUUCCAGUCGACGCUCGAGUCCUUCUUCCAAAGGAACUUCGCCGACGACAUCCGGCGCCUCAACCUCGACACUACCUCCGCCGCCAUCCAACGCGAGCGCUCCAUGGACCUCCGCUCAAGUUCCUACGAGCAAUCCCUCCGCCCCUCCACCUCGACUGUCUCCACCAUGCGCGCCUUUGUCAUCCCUCCCCUCAACCUCGGCCGCCCGCUCACCUCCCCCGCGCCCAUGUCGCCCUCCUCGUCCUCCUUCAGCCCCGCCGAGCCCGCGCCGCAACAGACGCCGCUCCAGAAGCACCUCGCACAUCUCGCGCGCCACGGCAUCCAUGGCGUGUCGUCGGCACCCGCAGAUGCAGCGCGCAGCGCGACGUUCUCGAGCGAGUCCCUGCACACGUCGUUUAUGAACGUGGGCAUGGGUGGAGCGCCGAAUGGCGCGCCGGGGAUAGGGCUGGGCAUGAGCGGCGCGCAGAACUCGGGGAUGUCGGUCGUCGCGUCGACGAUGGGCAGCCGGUCGUUCAACUCGCUUAAGGGCAAGUUCUCGCGGUUUGGGAGUCUGAACUUUGGCAGGCGCGGGGCGUCGUCGAAUAAUUAG